GUAAAACAAGACAGCCCUUGCGUCCGGGUAAAGCGCCAUCCACUCAAAUCCCUGCCCAGUUACUCAGUGUCAGCUGUGAACCUGCAAACUCAAAAAGCACGCUCUCUCUCUCUUUACUCUCUGGCCGCAACAUCACACAACGCCUUUCAAACAUCAAGGAGCAUCGCACUGAGUGUGCUAUUGCGCGAUACAAGCCUCCUGCGGAAUCCUAUAGUGCAGCGAUUUUCAAGGCAUAAAGUCCACGCUUGGGAUGGGAGGUGUUACGAGUCUGCCGGGUUUGUGUGUACUCGGAGCGGCAUAGUUGCUUGAGAGGGACUCGCUGUUCCGGAGUGUUGAUGGAAUUCUCGUGCUGCUUUCCUUCGCAAUGGGAUUCGCAUGCUUUUGAACUAACACGUAGAAACCGGGGAUUUAAAACGGACCAAGUUAUAAAGAAGCCUUGCAGUCCUGUGGAUUAAGAUAUCAAAAGGCGUUUAUUUUUAUGUGUCUCGUUGUUAAUUGGAAGUAAACGAGUUGGUGUUCCUCGGAACGUGCCUAUUACCGCAGUGUCAAUGCGACUGCGGCUGUGAACAGAUAUCCGCAGCGACUACAGGUACAGAAUGACCUUAAUCCCAAGAGAAGCCUGAUCACGGAUUGGCUAACAGUACUGGACCGAGCUCGCUCUAGCCCCCCCUAACGCCUCACCCUCCAACCUGGAAGAUGAAGUCCCACCAAACCAGGACAUGGGCCUUCUGUCUGACCCUGUGCUGCUUCCUGUCGGCUCUGACUCUCCCUGUCACCUUGGCCUCCCGGCCCCUCCCCUACGCCCCCGCCGGCGCGUCCAUCAUCACCGCGUCCAUCGCCGUAGAGGAGGCGGAGGAGGACUACAGCACGUUUCGCGCCGAGAUCCCAGAGUGGAAGUUCAACCACGUGGCGGUUGACGAACGCAAUGGCAAUGUGUACCUGGGAUCAGUCAACCGCAUUUACAAACUGUCGCCCGACCUGGAAGUUCAGGUGUCCCACCAGACGGGCCCGGAUGAGGACAACCGCAAGUGCUACCCUCCGCGCAUCGUCCAGCCCUGCAGCGAGCCGCUGUCUCUCACCAACAACGUCAACAAGAUGCUGCUGAUGGACUACCGGGAGAACCGUCUACUGGCCUGUGGCAGCCUCUACCAGGGCAUCUGUAAACUCCUUCGCCUGGACGACCUUUUCAAGCUGGGCGAGCCCUUCCACAAGAAGGAGCACUACCUUUCUGGCGCCAACGAGAGUGGCUCCGUGUUCGGGGUAAUCGUGUCGUACGGAGACUCCUCGCCCGACAAGCUGUUCGUGGCCACGGCGGUAGACGGCAAGCCCGAGUACUUCCCCACUAUCUCCAGCCGCAAGCUGGCACGCAACUCCGAGGAGGAUGGCAUGUUUGCCUACGUCUUCCACGACGAGUUCGUCGCAUCAAUGAUCAAGAUCCCGUCGGACACGUUCACUGUGGUGCCGGACUUUGACAUCUAUUAUGUCUACGGCUUCGGCUCGGGGAACUUUGUCUACUUCCUGACGCUGCAACCGGAGAUGGGGAACGGGCCGGCCGCUGGCUCCUCCUCCACUGGACGGGAGCAGGUCUACACCUCGAAACUAGUCCGCUUGUGCAAAGACGACACAGCCUUCAACUCUUACGUGGAGGUUCCCCUGGGGUGUGUGAAAGGCGGCGUGGAGUACCGUCUCCUACAGGCCGCCUACCUCUCCAAGGCUGGCGCCAUAUUGGGGCGCUCGCUAGGCGUGGGGCCCGACGAUGACGUUCUCUUCACCGUCUUCUCCAAGGGCCAGAAGCGGCGACCGCGUGAGGCCUCGCAGGAGUCAGCGCUCUGCGUGUUUGCUCUGCGGGAGAUCAACGAGCGCAUCAAGGAGAGGCUGCAGUCGUGCUACAAGGGUGAGGGCACCCUGGACCUGGCCUGGCUUAAGGUCAAGGACAUCCCAUGCAGCAGUGCUCUCCUAACAAUCGAUGACAACUUCUGCGGCCUGGAUAUGAACGCUCCCCUGGGGGUGUCGGAGAUGGUGCGGGGUAUCCCUCUCUUUUCUGACUCCGCCGAUAAGAUGACCUCGGUCAUCGCCUACGUCUACAAGAACCACUCGCUGGCGUUUGUGGGAACUCAGAGCGGACGCAUCAAGAAGAUACGGGUGGACGGACCUUCCCAAGGUGCCUUGCAGUACGAGGUCAUCCAGGCGGUGGAGCGAGGGCCGAUCCAACGAGAUAUGGCCUUCUCACCUGACCACCACUUCCUCUACGCCAUGUCUGAGACACAGCUGACGAGGGUCCCAGUGGAGGUGUGUGGCCAAUACUCUACCUGCAGCGAGUGUCUGGGCUCCGGAGACCCACACUGUGGCUGGUGCGUCCUUCACAACAUGUGCACCAGGAAGGAGAAAUGCGAGCGCUCUGCGGAACCGCGUCGAUUCGCCUCGGACAUCAAGCAGUGUGUUCGCCUGAACGUCCACCCCAACAACAUCUCUGUGUCUCAGUUCAGUGUCACGCUGAUCCUGGAGGCCCAUAAUGUCCCGGAGCUGUCGGCGGGGGUCAACUGUUCCUUUGAGGACCUGGCUGAGAUGGAUGGUCUUGUGGAGGGCAACCGAAUAAAGUGCAGGUCCCCUACUGAGAAGGCCGUGCCCCGGAUCAUUCUCAACCAAGGGGACCACCAGAUAGUGCAGCUCUACCUGAAGUCCAAAGAAACGGGCCUGGCCUUCGCCAACACCAGCUUUGUCUUCUACAACUGCAGUGUCCACAAGUCGUGUUUGUCGUGUGUCAGCAGCCCUUAUCAGUGUCACUGGUGUAAAUACAGACACGACUGUACCCACGACCCGCGCACCUGCUCCUUCCAGGAGGGACGCGUCAAGAAGCCAGAGCUCUCCCUGUCGCUUUUGCAGGAGUGUCCUCAGCUGCUGCCGGCCGAGCGCAUCCUGGUGCCGGUGAAUGUGGUGAAGCCCAUCACGCUGCGGGCCAAGAACCUCCCCCAGCCUCAGUCUGGCCAACGGGGCUACGAGUGUCUCCUCACCAUCCAGGGGGUGGAGCAGCGGGUGCCCGCUCUGCGCUUCAACUCCUCCUCGGUUCAGUGCCAGAACACCUCUUACUCAUAUGAUGGGAUGGAGACGAGCAGCCUCCCAGUGGACCUGACAGUCAUCUGGAACGGCGACUUUAGCAUCGACAACCCUGCCGACAACAAAGUACACCUCUACAAGUGUGAUGCACAGAGGGGCAGCUGCGGGCUGUGUCUGAAGGCAGACCCCCUGUUUGGCUGUGUGUGGUGUAAGAGGGAGAACCGCUGCGCCCUGAAGCAGCACUGCCCCCACCCUGAGAGCCCCUGGAUGGAGCACAAUGGCCUCAACAGCAAGUGUACACACCCACGCAUAACACAGAUCACCCCGCUACGGGGACCUCGGGAGGGGGGCACUCUGGUGACCAUACGUGGGGAGAACCUGGGACUGGACUUCGGCGAGAUCCAGGGGAACGUCAGGGUGGCCGAUGUGGACUGCACCCCCGUCCGUGAGGGAUACAUCCCCGCAGAGCAGAUUGUGUGUGAGAUGGCGGUGGCAACACCCAGCCAGUUUGCCAACUACGUCGAAGUGUGUGUUGGCGGGAUCGGGGUCAGAGAGUGUCCAAAAGAGUUCAGGGCCACCUCCUCCAAGUACUACUACUUUGUGAUCCCCAGACUGUCCAGCCUGAAGCCCAGCCGAGGGCCUGUCUCCGGGGGGACCAUUGUCAACAUCACCGGUAGCAAUCUGGAUGCUGGGAGCAACGUGUCAAUCAUGUUCAAAGAUCAGAAAUGCACCUAUCACAGGAGAGGUGGCCAGUGGAUCACGUGUCGCUCGCACGCCUCGCUUCAUGGCUACGGCAACGCCAGUGUCACGGUGACAGUGGACAAGGCCCACAUCCAGAAGGACCUGAAGUUUGAGUACGUGGAGGACCCCACCAUCGCCAAACUGGAGCCCGAGUGGAGCAUCUUCAGUGGGCACACCCCGGUGACCGUUACCGGCACCAACCUGGAUAUCAUCCAGAGCCCACUCAUCAGAGCCAAGUACAACGGGCGGGAAACAGUCAACACAUGCCAGGUGUUAAGCCCCACGACGAUGCUGUGCCAGGCCCCGGAGUUGCCGAUCAGCCUGAGCCGGCAGAGGGAUGUGCCGGCGCGGCCAGAUGAGUUUGGCUUCAUCCUGGAUGACGUGCAGGCCGUGUUGGCCCUCAACAACACCGCCUUUAUCUACUACCCUAACCCAGAAUUUGAGCCACUCCAUGUGUCCGGGGUGCUGGAGCUCAAGCCCGGUUCACCCAUCAUUCUGAAGGGGCAGAACUUUCUCCCACCCACCAACACUAAUGGCAACAAUGGAAAACUGAACUAUACGGUUCUUAUUGGAUCCAAGCCCUGCCUGUUGACUGUGUCCGAAAACCAGCUGCUGUGUGAGUCGCCUAAUCUGACGGGUCGACACAAGGUCGUGGCCCGUGUGGGGGGCAUCGAGUUCUCCCCCGGCGUGGUCCACAUCAUAUCGGACAGCCCGCUGAGCAGCACAGCCAUUAUCAGCAUCGCCGGCGCAGGGGCCGUGCUCCUCCUCUUCAUCGUCGUGGUGCUCAUCGCCUACAAGCGCAAGUCCCGCGAGAGUGACCUGACCCUGAAGAGGCUGCAGAUGCAGAUGGACAACCUGGAGUCGCGUGUCGCCCUGGAGUGCAAGGAGGCCUUUGCUGAGCUGCAGACUGACAUCCAUGAGUUGACCAGUGACCUGGACGGAGUGGGCAUUCCCUUCCUGGACUACAGGACCUACACCAUGAGGGUGCUCUUUCCCGGGAUUGAAGAACACCCUGUUCUCAGGGACUUGGAGGUGCCAGGCUACAGGCAGGAGCAGGUGGAGAAGGGCCUGAAGCUGUUCGGACAGCUCAUCAACAACAAGGUGUUCCUGCUCACCUUCAUCCGCACGCUUGAGUCCCAGCGCGGGUUCUCCAUGCGUGACCGCGGCAACGUGGCCUCGCUCAUCGUGACCGUGCUGCAGAGCAAGUUGGAGUACGCCACCGACGUCCUGAAGCACCUGCUGUCGGACCUCAUCGACCGCAACCUGGAGAGCAAGAAUCAUCCCAAGCUACUUCUCCGAAGGACGGAAUCCGUGGCAGAGAAAAUGCUAACCAAUUGGUUCACCUUCCUGCUUUACAAGUUUCUAAAGGAGUGUGCAGGCGAGCCCCUGUUCUCUCUCUUCUGUGCCAUCAAGCAGCAGAUGGAGAAAGGACCCAUCGACUCCAUCACGGGUGAGGCGCGCUACUCCCUCAGUGAAGACAAACUCAUCAGACAGCAAAUCGACUACAAGACCCUGGUGGUGAACUGCAUCCACCCUGAUAAUGAGAAGAGCCCGGAAAUCCAGGUGAAGGUGUUGAACUGUGAUACCAUCAGCCAGGUGAAGGAGAAAAUCCUGGACGCCAUCUACAAGAACGUCCCCCACUCCCACCGACAGAAGGCCUCUGACAUGGACCUCGAGUGGCGUCAAGGCAGAGGUCAGCGGACCAUUCUGAUGGACGAAGAUCUCUCAACAAAGAUUGAGAGUGACUGGAAGAGACUCAACAUGCUUUCCCACUACCAGGUACCUGAUAACUCAGUAAUGGCCCUGGUCCCCAAGCAGGUGACUGCCUACAACUCGGUCAACAACUCCACCGUGUCCAGAACCUCUGCCAGUAAAUACGAGAACAUGAUCAAGUACACAGGGAGCCCCGACAGUCUGCGUUCCCGCACCCCCAUGAUCACCCCCGACCUGGAGAGCGGGGUCAAAGUGUGGCACCUGGUGAAGAACCACGAGCACGGAGACCAGAAAGAGGGGGACCGCGGCUCCAAGAUGGUCUCCGAGAUCUACCUGACUAGGCUGCUGGCCACCAAGGGCACUUUACAGAAGUUUGUGGACGACCUGUUUGAGACCAUCUUCAGCACGGCACACAGAGGCAGUGCCCUGCCGCUUGCAAUCAAGUACAUGUUUGACUUCCUGGAUGAGCAGGCGGACAAACACAGCAUCCACGACCCGCACGUUAGACACACAUGGAAAAGCAACUGCCUGCCUCUGAGGUUCUGGGUGAACGUGAUCAAGAACCCCCAGUUUGUGUUCGACAUCCACAAGAGCAGCAUCACGGACGCCUGUCUGUCGGUGGUGGCCCAGACCUUCAUGGACUCAUGCUCCACCUCAGAGCACCGCCUGGGCAAGGACUCGCCCUCCAACAAGCUGCUGUAUGCCAAGGACAUCCCCAGCUACAAGAGUUGGGUGGAGAGGUACUAUUCAGAUAUCAGUAAGAUGCCAGCCAUCAGUGACCAGGACAUGAAUGCAUACCUGGCAGAACAGUCCCGGAUGCACAUGAACGAGUUCAACAGUAUGAGCUCCCUCAGCGAGAUCUACUCUUACGUGGGCAAAUACACGGAAGAGAUUGUGUACGCACUGGAGCAGGAUGAUGCUGCCAGGAAACAGAGACUGUCCUUCAAGCUGGAGCAGGUGGUCGCCUUCAUGAGCCUGGAGAGCUGAGGACCACACUUCCCAGGGCGCACUGGGAGACCCGUCAGAAACCGAGCCGUGCCUGAGCGAAGACCUGUCCAUCCAUCUCUUCAUCAUUGUGGUCGUCAUCAGAACUCCUCUCCGUUUCACAGACAACAAACAUGUUCCCUUCUCCUUCCUUCUCUUCCUAACUGGUGUUUGGCACCUCAUCUGCUGAGCUCCAUGGACGAGUAGAAAGGACUAGCUGACGGACUGAUUAAAGGGGCAGCAGAGCUGUGGGCAGCUUCUCCCAGAAUUCAUUGGGAGAGUCUUGUUCCUGCUUUGCUGCAUUGAAGAGUGCGGUGGAGGGCUGGUUGCCUGCAAGCACGCCACUUCGGCAUACUUUAGCUAUGCUUCCCUGUCGGGGAAGAAACAAACAAACAUUCUAUUUAUGUUGCCUUCAAAAAUAACGCUGAUAGCAAAGUCUUCUGAGACCACAAUGUCGGGUGUCAAUUUGUUCAGACUAUGAAUAGGAUAUUAAACAAUGAAACUCCUAUCGAGUCCAGUUAAUUGUAGUGCUAUAGUCAACCUCACAUCGAACGUGGAAAAACCCAGUGAUAUUAUACUGUAUCAGUGAAGACUGCAAACCAAAAUGAUGACCUCUGCGGAGAAAGAACACCAGGGUUUGCCACGUUUACCCUGUUCCUACAAGUUACUCAUUCAUAACUGGCAGUUUGGGAAAUAGGCAAACUCAGAAUGUUCUAGAAUUGUUCUCUCAAUGUAGCUUUGAAGUGUAUUUAAAGACACUAUGAUAGGGGCUGGGGAGGGGUAGUGCUUCUUUACCUUUUUUUUUUUCUUCUGAAGACUGACGUUAAAAACCUGAACAACACCUUUCUCUACGGACAAAACAAAGCUGAAUUCGGCUUCCACACGGCUUUCCUGGUACCUGCUAAAUUCUCCUGAUUGUUAUGAAACCCAGUAAAAGUGGAGAGACCCGGGUGCACCUGCUCCUCCACUGAUAAGAAGCACAUCUUGACCUCAGUGACCUGACUGCUCUGAAACAGCCCUGGAACAAUUGGUCUGACGCGGAUGUGUUGUUCACAGAUCGGGUCACUUACUGGUCUAUCAAAGCACACAUACAAAUGGAGAUAGACACACACACACACAAAUUGUGCAGGACUUGUCCAAAGUGUACAACCCCCUAUUCGUACUAAAUACUAGGGGGAGCUUUAUGUGGGGGAAAAAAGGGUGACCAAUCGAAUACAGCUGUCUCACUAUGGACCUCUGAUAAAGACUGUGCUACUGCCUAAAUGGGCUCUGCUGGGCUGGGAGAAACCGGUUCUCUUCACUGGACCUUCUGUAUUGACCUAGGAUGCGGGAAACCUCAAGUGAUGAACACAACUGGUCAGCCGAAAAACCAAAGGAGCUUGAAU